AUGAUGAGUCUUCGAUCUGUUAUCACGCAGGCAACGCGCGGAGGGAGACGUGUUGUGUCUCGCCGUAACUUCUGUUCUGGCAAAGAGACGAAGGGAGCAGCGGAGAUACGACGGAACGGAUCUAGAUAUCGUGUCUUCGGUCGAUGGACUCCAUACAUCCAAAUAUUUGGUGGAUUUGUAAUAGGUUACAUUUCCAUUAGCGGCCCCGCAGCGAAAUCGAACGAUGCGAUUAGGGAAGAGAUUAAGCAGGGGAAGUAUCGGAAGAAGGCUGCUGGAAAUUCUUCAGAGUUGCUGAAAGCAGAUAUUUAA